CUUAAGAGCGUGUUCUGGCCUGCGGACUUGCUUCCCUGGAUGAGUAUCUCUAUCACCCGCUCAUCUGGUGUCUUCUUCCACAUACAAUCCCCUUUCCAUCUCCUUCCAAGGUUGCUUUCCAUCGAGGACUGCAGAUAUGUCGAAGAAAGAGCUGAAAGAGAAAAGUUGGCGACGUUCUCUCGCCAUCGGAGAGAUGGAGAAAGUGAAUGCAGAGCCGCCACCUUAUUCAUCUCAGCCACCCUCUGAACAGGCGUCUUCAUCGAAUGUUUCCGCAGAACCACCUCCUGCCAUGGAUUCAGGGCUUAAGAAUCUGGACUUCACGCCAAGUCCACUAGAGAUGCCAACGCCAACUGAGUGCAUUACGCAUCUGAAACUGCUGCAUGCGUUUGCAAAGUUGCGACAUGAGGUUGGGAAUCAGGAUGGUUUGUUUGGAAUUGAGCUUGAGAAGGUGGGGGAUAUGUUGGAGGCCCAAAUAGAAGGCGAACCAGGAAAUGCACAUGGCAGGAAUGAUAGCCAUCAGCCUGAGGCGCAUCAGGCCAAUCCUUCUAAGACAGCGGCUGGCGGACAAGCUCUGGGCGAGAAAGAGAAGGCUCGGGUGAAUCUAGCAGAACGCAUUCGGGAGAAGAGGUGGGCGGUCUUCGUCACUAGAGCAGUGGAUCGAUUUGAAAAAUGGUGGACCACUCUGCCCUUGAGGCCGGAUAUUUCCACCUUUCCCAUCCGCACGACUGACUUCGAUUCGACUGAGGCUACCGGCCGAGUAGCCUGGUUUCUCGCCACGGGAGAGGGGCUCAGCAGCGAGUUCGUCGCCUCUAGACUCCCACCAUUGGACGUCUUGAUGGUGUGGCACGCUUACUUGUUAAACCCACGUGCUUACCUCGAAGACUGUAUGCGGAUGUCUCAUCAACAAAUGUGGGCGACAUUGUUCCCCUGGGAGCUAAUAUACAAUUCCAUCGACCCCGAAACAUUCGCAUACAACCCCCCCGACGAAGCGAGACGCAAUUGGGAGUCGAGCCCCGGACUACCCUGGGAAAGCACCGACGACGGCAGAUUUGCAAGCAGGUUCAAGACCGCCCUUCCUUGCCCCAAAUGUUGCAGGAACCUCGCUGUCCCCUGGACUCGCCCUCCAGUCACUUCUGGGCCAGAAGCGCUUGAGUCGUACCUAGAAAAUGAUACUGGGUUCUCCGGCAAACACUUUCAAGAGCCAUGCCCGUCUUGUAACUUCAUCGUCACGCAUGAGAAGCUACGCGUAGCCAAGUUCAUCACAGAUGCAAGCGCACUUCUCACGCAUUCGCGUCCUAUGCCAGGGACCAUGCUCGACGCAAAAGGCCAACCACAGAUAUCCAGCGCGGGGAAGAAGCUCGGCACGCACGAUCCCUUUUUCCCCAACCGCAUCAUCGAAAAUCUCUCACAAUGGAAACCAACCUCUCUACGAUCCGAAAUUGAUAUUCUUUCCAUCACAGUACUCAAAUCACGGAUCGAAGAGAUAUUCAAGUCUUCCUCAUCCAUCACCGCUGUCAACCAUGACCAGAAAAACCCCGCGCUUCUAGCUAAGGAGUCUAAAAUCGCGGUACGCAAAUGUCUAAGCCAUUAUUGGGACAAUUCGAGUCCGUUUGGACUAGAUCUUGUGGGCGCGGUGAUUAGACAGAGCAGUUUUGUGCUAAAGAUGCGGAAUAUCGAUUGGUUGCAUAGUCCGGCGGUGUUGACGACGUGUCAGAGGCUGAUUGUUAAGUAUCAUCGGUUUGUGAGGAUUGUGGCGGAGAAUCCGAAGAAGGUUGCUGUACCGACAUUGGACGUGGAUUUGGCUUGGCAUACGCAACAGCUCUCCCCAAAAACAUACUACCACUACACCCUCUCCGAAACGUCCAAGUUCCUGAACCACGACGACAAAAUCUCCGAAAACACUCUCCACACGCAAUUCCAGUGGACCUCGCACACAUACGAAAAGAAAUAUGGCCAACCGUACGCUGAAUGCGCAUGCUGGUACUGUGAAUGUACGCGGGAACCUCUACGCUCGUCAUUCAUAUCAAAAAUCAGCCCCUUUCGGAGUUCCAAGAUCUGGGACGUCGAGGACAAGAUUAAGAAGGGGGGGGUUGGGAAAGAUGCAGUUAUGGGUGUGCAUGUUAGUGCACAUAACGCUGUGAGAUUUGAACCUGUGGGUUUGGCGGAUGGGAUGGGGGUAUCAGCGCACCAGCGUCGAACGGAGUUGGAAGAGUUGGAUGCAACGUACGCCCGCGUUCUCAAACGUUAUAACAAGAAAAAGGCGACAGACGAACCCCCGAAUAAAACCGUGAACGAUGCGUAUGUCUGGGUUUGGGGGCGUGUAGUGCUGGGGGAGGAGGGCCAGGGUGUAAGGCUAGUUGUGGAGGACAUGGAGACGCGAGUGGGGGGUGUGGGAGUUGUGGUGGCGGAUGCGGGGGUGGAGGCGGAUGCGGGGGUGGUGGUGGAUAAGAAAGGGCAGUUUGGUCACCCUCCUCGCUAUCUAGCUUCCACAGAAGAUCUAACGCACGCAUAUAGCGAGACUCCACGUCGGCGGAGACGCAGGCCCAGACAUUGGCAAUGGGCUUAA